CGGUUUUAGGAAAUAUGUUAUUAAUUUGUACACGUAAUGAAUGAGCGUUUGAUGUGCCAUGUAAAGUUUCCAUGAAAUCCACAUAAAGUUUCCAAUAGAAACACGUAUGUUUUCAUAACUGUCAAAUCAUCCAAUCAUUAAGCUGCUAGAUAUUUGUGGAACAAAUAAAAAUAAUCAAAAAGUAUUUAAUAAUAAAAGAAACCAACAAGUGCAUAAAAUUGACUUAGCAAACUACAUAUAUUACUUGUCACUCGUGGCGUUUUGAUAACAGCAACGACCAUGGCAGAUGCAGGGCAAUGGUUCAAGCAGCUGCCAAGAUUCACCAGAUACUGGCUGGCGGGUACCAUCUCGAUGAGUCUGCUGACUCGGUUUGGAGUAUUGCCACUGCAACACAUGUAUCUGGCUCGGGACUUGGUCCUAACCAAAAUGCAUUUAUGGCGCUGUGCAACAAGUCUUUUUGUCUACCCACUGACACCAUCAACAGGAUUUCACUUCCUUAUCAAUUGCUAUUUCAUCACCCAGUAUAGUGCUCGUUUGGAGAAGGAUCAAUUUGGUCGAAGUCCCGCAGAUUAUUUAUACCUGCAAUUAAUUGUGUCCGCUGUGGCAGUGUUGGGUGGUUUGCUUUUCAAUGUGGCAUUCCUAAUGGAUCUACUGGUUGUGGCUGUGACGUACAUCUGGUGUCAACUUAAUAAAGAAGUAAUUGUUAACUUUUGGUUUGGCAGUCGCUUCAAGGCCAUAUAUUUACCAUGGGUGCUGGCGGGUAUGGAGUUAAUAUUCCAAGGGUCCAUUGCAUCAUUAAUAGGUAUCUUCAUAGGUCACUUUUAUUAUUUCCUCAAAUUCCAAUAUCCCCAAGAGCUGGGAGGUAAUGCUUUUCUCGAAACUCCCAGCAUACUCAAACAAUAUGUACCCGAUAUUAGCGGAGGAGUAAGCUACUUUGGUGUACCACCGGCAAGUAGAGCCGACCAAAGACCCGCUGCUGGCGGUGGCGGCGGCGGCGGUGGUUUUCCUAAUGCCUGGGGCCGUGGCAAUACUUUGGGUCGUUAAAUAUUUUUAAUUAAUUCCUUUAAUACUUACCCAACUAUACAUUUUUUACACGUUGUAAUAUGUACUGAAUUUGUAAUCUAUACUACGAAAUUUAUUUUGAAAUUUAUUUAUUUUUUGUGGAUAUCUUCAAAUGACAUCAUACAUCUUAGAAUUAACAACAUAUUGCUAGGGAAAAGUAGUUAAAGAUCAACAAAAAGAAAUUUGUAAAAAGAAAACAAAAAUAUUAACGAAACGGAAUAUUUUUUCAUUAAGGCUAGGGCGAAUUGAAAAGAAAGCGUUCAUGAAAUAUAUAGUGUAAUUUAAAUAAAAAGACUACUCAUAA